CCAACCCACAGACUCAUAAAAACCAAUAGGACCUCAGGCAUCCUCACCAGAGACACCCAAACUCUUGGGCCACACGAGCAAGCACACCUUACACCAAGGAUCCAGAAAUUGAGUGGGACCGAGAAAUUGAGUGUUUGUCUUCACAUUGACUCUGGCAACCCAUGAGAUCAGGUUGCUGAUAGAAAGGAUGUUCAAACAUCUUCGGAAAUGGUUUGUCACUCGAAUUUUGGGACAUUCUCGGCAAAGAGCGAGGCUGGUCUCCAAGGAUGGGAGAUGCAACAUAGAAUUUGGCAAUGUGGACGCACAGUCAAGGUUUAUAUUCUUUGUGGACAUCUGGACGACUGUGCUUGACCUCAAAUGGAGAUACAAAAUGACCAUCUUCAUCACAGCCUUCUUGGGGAGUUGGUUCCUCUUUGGUCUUCUGUGGUAUGCCGUAGCCUACAUUCACAAAGAUCUCCCAGAGUUCCAUCCUUCCAUCAACCAUACCCCUUGCGUGGAAAACAUUAAUGGCUUGACCUCAGCGUUUCUGUUUUCACUAGAAACUCAAGUGACCAUUGGUUAUGGAUUCAGGUGCGUGACAGAACAAUGUGGCACAGCCAUUUUCCUCCUUAUCUUCCAGUCUAUACUCGGAGUGAUCAUCAAUUCUUUCAUGUGUGGUGCCAUUUUAGCAAAAAUCUCCAGAUCCAAAAAAUGUGCCAAGACUAUCACAUUCAGCAAGAAUGCAGUGAUUAGCAAGCGGGGUGGAAAGCUCUGUCUCCUGAUCCGGGUGGCUAAUCUUAGGAAGAGUCUCCUUAUUGGCAGUCACAUAUAUGGAAAACUUCUGAAGACCACAGUCACUCCUGAAGGAGAGACCAUUAUUUUGGAUCAGAUCAAUAUCAACUUUGUAGUUGAUGCCGGGAAUGAGAAUUUAUUUUUCAUUUCCCCACUGACCAUUUACCACGUCAUCGACCAUAAUAGUCCCUUCUUCCACAUGGCAGCAGAAACCCUCCCCCAGCAGGACUUUGAACUAGUAGUGUUUUUAGAUGGCACCGUGGAAUCAACCAGUGCUACCUGCCAAGUUCGAACAUCCUAUGUCCCAGAGGAGGUGCUUUGGGGCUACCGUUUUGCUCCCAUAGUAUCCAAGACCAAGGAAGGGAAAUACCGAGUGGAUUUUCAUAACUUCAGCAAGACAGUGGAGGUGGAAACUCCUCACUGUGCCAUGUGCCAUUAUAAUGAGAAGGAUGCACGAGCCAGGGCAAAGAGAGGCUACGAUAACCCCAACUUCAUCUUAUCAGAAGUCAAUGAAACAGAUGACACCAAAAUGUGACAGUGAAUUUUUGACACAAGUAAAACAAAGUGGCAAAGAUACCUAGUGACUAGAAGAUGAUAAAGUAAUCAACAAUUUGGGGUAUGAAAAUAGACAAGAGUGUUCCGAGUCUGCCAGCACCAUGCCUCUGAACCCCAUAACCAUGAUUCUAUAAGUGACAUAGCACCAAAAGGCAACUGCAUUAGAACAUGCAACAUAUUUCUAUGAAACUGAAGUAGGGAGCCACAGGAGCUCACUUGGAAUCUUGAAUAUGAUUAUUUGAAAUCAUGCAAUGUUGAUGGGAACAGUGAAAAUCAUCAAGAAUCUCAGGGACAGGCCAAAUGAAAUCCUCUUGAAAGUCUUGAAGAAAUUGUGAGCUGCAGAUGGGAUCAGGGAAAAACUCUACCCUCAUUUUAAUUCUUCUGAUAGGAAAGAAGUCACUGGUAUUUUAACAUUGGCUUUUACUAAGAGAAAAUUGUCUCCUGGGUUGGGAGAGAUGAACCAAAGACAGUAAGAAAGGAUGACCACACAAAGAACAAUUGAGAAGCUCUUGUCUUCUCAGACCCUGGUUUCUGGAGCUUCCAUUUCACUCUGUAUCCAUGCUGUGUUUCAAGAGGUGAAGGGAAGCCUCAGCCCGUGAACUCUGUGUCUCUAAGCACCCAAUGUGCAGAGCUUUGAGUCCAAAGCUUUGAGCUUUAUGUUCUCAGUGGGCUAAAGCCCAAGUGAUCUCUUGUGGCACAUUAGACAGAGGCUAAGUCACCAAGAAUCCUGAUGACAUCUUCCUACAAGAAAGCAAGCUUGUUUUGAAAAUAGUGGUGAUAUUUCUUCCAGUUUGCAUUAAAUGGCAUAAAGGGAUCCUAAUCUCUCAAAAGAGUAUUUCCUGUUCUUCUAAGAAGGCAAUGAGAGUUUGAAGGUGCAAAGUCAGUUUAGAGGUAUUAAUAAUGCUUCUGAGAAAAAGAGCAUCUUCUUUUUAUGCCUAGGGGCUCUACUGAAGUGCUAUUGCUGGGAGGAGCUUGAAAGGGAAAGGAAUGGAGGUGACCUCAGAGUAAGAAGAGUGCCCCCCUCCACUUUCUCCACCACAUCUUCCUGAAAAGGAUCAACUGACUAUAAAGACUGAUCUUUAGGGGAAGAUUUUACUGUGAAUGUCUUGUUCACUACCCACCUACUUUGUUAUGAAUGUAUUCUGGAGAGUGGUACUCAAAGCUGCUUAUGAAUCAAAAUGUUUUCAGUGUGUUGAUUAAUAUAUUAAAUUUCUGA